AUAGAUCUCGAGAUCACCUCCCCCCGUUUGCCAUCUUUAGUUUCAGACUUGCAAUCCAGCCCCACCUCGCCUGCCUCCCCCUCCAUUAAAUCCCGCGCCCUCCUCCUCCGCUCCAUCCCCCUCGCCACCGCCCAGAUCCAGACCAUGACGGUGCCGCCGUCGCCGGAGCCGUUCCGCGUCUUCGUCGGGUACGACCCGCGGGAGCACGAGGCGUACGAGGUGUGCCGCCGCAGCCUGAUCCGCCACGCCACCGUGCCGCUCGACGUGCGCCCCGUGCGCCAGCCGGACCUCCGCGCGUCGGGUCUCUACUGGCGCGCGCGGGGCCCCACCGAGAGCACCGAGUUCUCCUUCACCCGCUUCCUCACCCCCUUCCUCGCCCGCUACCGCGGCUGGGCGCUCUUCAUCGACUGCGACUUCCUCUACCUCGCCGACGUCGCCGAGCUCAUCGCCUCCGCCGUGCCCUCGGACGCCGCCGCCGCCAGCCGCCUCGCCGUCGUCUGCGUCAAGCACGUGUACCAGCCCCUCGAGGCCACCAAGAUGGACGGCGCCAUCCAGACCGUGUACCCGCGCAAGAACUGGUCCUCCAUGGUGCUCUACAACUGCGCCCACCCCAAGAACGUUGCCGCGCUCACACCGGACGCCGUCAGCACCAAGCCCGGCGCCUUCCUCCACCGCUUCUCCUGGCUCGACGACGACGAGAUCGGGGAGGUGCCCUUCGUCUGGAACUUCCUCGUCGGCCACAACAGGGUCGACCCCGACGACCCGGCCACGCAGCCCAAGGCCCUGCACUACACCUGCGGGGGGCCCUGGUUCGAAAGGUACAGGGACUGCGAGUUCGCCGACCUCUGGAUCAAAGAGGCAGAGGAGCUCAGGGCCGACAAGGAGAAGCGCAGGGCCGAGAAGGAGAGGCUCCGGCUCGAGGACGACGAGGACGACGAGGGGAAUUGAUGGGUGAUGGGGCCGACCAACAAGUUUGCUGCAUUGCAUUGGUUCUUUUGCGCCGUAGGAAUUCUUUCGAUUCAAUCUGUUUGUUAUGCUGGUUUCUCGGUAUAGGUGGUAGAGGAGGCCAUCAGUAGAUAGCUCGACUAUAUUGGUAGUAUGCUCUUGUGUAGUAGUCGCAAUCGAUCUAUGAAUGAACCACUCCACGUUGCCAAUAGAUUUUUUGUCCUUA